AUGAAGCCUAAUUGGGAUCCUGAAUAUGAGACAUUCAGGCUCUAUGUGGAUGCCUGUACGGAGCCUAGUGGAGGCUCUUUGCACAGUAGUUCAGGGUCAACGUGGGUGCCUGUGAAAAUCCUACUGGGGGCCAUACUCAUAAUGCUUUCAGGUAGACCUGGCAGACUGCAGAUCCUCCACUCCCUAGUUGAGGAUAAGGUGCGCAAUGUCGAAGAUACCAUGUGGGCCAUUGUAGCCUUGGACCCGCCAUUGCAUUGCGAUUCUGAUAACUUGGGAGCCAUGAUAGCUUUCGAGCUGUUCUGCCUUUGGUAA